GUGUCACCAUUUUUAUGUCAAAAGACUGAUUUUUGCAACUCCGCUCCACACGUUUCUCAAUUCGCAGACCAGAUUAUUUAUCGGAUAGUGAACGUCUCAGAGCAGGUAGAGAUACAUGGGUGUGUACCACAGCGUCGCCUGUGUUUUGUGGUGGUUGGCGUGUGUCUGGCCCAGCAGCCGGGCAGGGGAUGUUGUUCUGCUUAUAAAGGACACACCUCUUGCUGGCAACUUGAAAGAUUCUGUUAAUUACUUGGAAAAGUUUGGCUACAUCGAAGAUGCAUCAAAUUCCUUAACAAGCGCUGAAUCGAUUCAACAGGCGUUGAAAGAUUUCCAAGACUUCAAUGGCCUGGCUGUGACCGGCGAGCUGGACCCUGCCACCCUCCAGAAGAUGGGUCAGCCCAGGUGUGAUCUGCCCGACGUCAUCAGGCCCGGGAGUCGCUUCUUGUCUCCAGUCAGGGGUGUUCGGUCCGCGGAUGGGGAGAAACAGCCAGAGACAAAAUGGUCGACCUCAGAUCUGACCUAUGGAUUUGAAAGCUACACUAGUAAGUUGGAGCAAACUGAGAUAGAAACCGCCAUUUCCAAUGCUUUCCGGAAGUGGUCUGACGUAACGCCGCUGACUUUCAAUGCUGGCCAGGGAUUGGUUGAUAUAAAUAUCGGCUUCAAUCGCCAGGAGCACGGUGAUGACAACCCAUUCGACGGACAAGGUAAAGUACUCGCCCACGCAUUUUUUCCCGGCAAUCAUCAGCUGGCAGGUGACACACAUUUCGAUGACGACGAGGAGUGGACACUCGACUCACCUCAGGGCAGAAACCUGGAGAUGGUGGCCGCCCACGAGUUCGGACACGCCCUUGGGCUUAAGCACAGCCGACACCAUGACGCCCUGAUGGCGCCCUACUACCAGGGCUACGACCCCAACUACGCCCUCCACCAAGACGACAUAGAACGCAUACAAAAAGUCUACGGUAAGAUUUCCGGCACAAAAACCAACCAAGCUUCAGACAAGUCGACACUGCAACCAUCGUCGCCCCCACACAUGGCAACCAUUCAGCCGAUUCCUCCCCCACAACCACCCAGACAACCCAUCGAUGCCAGAAAACCUAAGAAACCUAUCAAAAAUAGAAAACCUAAGAAACCUAUCAAAAAUAAAAAACAUAAGAAACCUAUCAAAAAUAGAAAACCUAAUCCGAAAAAAACCAACAAAAAAGAAAAACCAAAGGGUGAAAUACACGUAAAAAAGGACCAACCUAAGCAUCACCGACCUAAGCGACCGAUUGUAUCAAAGACAGCUAAACCUACACACAAGACUGACCAUCACAAACAUAAAUCACGCCAGUCACACAAGUCACCUACUGGCCAUAGACACAAACAUCACCACAAGUCCAAUAAAAAACACGGCUAACCAAAAAGCAAAAACACGGCUGACAAAUAGAAGGUACCACUGACCAAUAGAAAGCACUACUGACGAACAGGAAAACUGCAUUUUAAUCCAGAAUGUUAUUAAUUAACUUACUGAAGUAAACCUAAUACAGGAUGUUAUUAAUUAACUUACUAAAAUAAACGUAA